GAGGGUCGGGCAGAAGCAAGUUGUGGAGAGCGCGGGGCCCGCGGCGGCUCUGCCCGCCGCCCCGCCCCGGGUUUCCGCGCGCGCGACCAGAGCGGGAGACGGGCUGGGAGGGGCGGUGCGACAGCAAAUCGGGAAGGGCGCGCGGCGGGCCGCCAGGGGAGCUCAGCGAGCCGGCAGGCCGUGCCCUGUGGACCAAGCAGCCUCCGCCUGACUUCACAGGAGCCAGAGAAGCCCAGUGGAUGACUGUUGCUCAAGCCUGAAACAGCCAGAAAGCAGAGAGCCAGCGGGACCCUAGGAGUUUUCCAAGGGCUCAGAAGCCAGGCGGGGUCAGCCCGGAGGCCAGCGGUGGGAUCGCGGCUUCGGCUGCCCCUGGCGCCAUGCAGGGCCGCAGCCUGCCCUUCCGUGUGGCCACCCUGGUGACAGGCCUCCUGGAGUGCCUCGGCUUCGCGGGCGUCCUCUUUGGCUGGACGUCCCUGGUGUUCGUCUUCAAAGAGCAGCAUUACUUUGAGGAGCUGUGUGAACCGGAUGCCGGGCCGCUGGGCAAUGCCACCGGACUGGAUGACUGCAGGGCCCGGGACGAGCAGUUCUCACUCAUCUUCACCCUGGCCUCUUUCAUGAACAACUUCAUGACCUUCCCUACGGGCUACAUCUUCGACCGUUUCCAGACCACUGUGGCCCGCCUCAUUGCCAUAUUUCUCUACACCAGCGCCACGCUCACCAUAGCCUUCACCUCUGCAGACUCAGCUGUGCUGCUCUUCCUGGCCAUGCCCAUGCUCGCCGUGGGGGGCAUCCUGUUCCUGAUCACCAACCUGCAGAUCGGGAACCUGUUUGGCAAACACCGCUCGACCAUCAUCACCAUGUACAAUGGAGCGUUUGACUCCUCCUCGGCGGUCUUCCUCAUCAUCAAGCUCCUUUAUGAACAGGGCAUCACCAUCAAGGCCUCCUUCAUCUUCAUCUCUGUCUGCAGUGUCUGGCACGUCGGGCGCACUCUCCUCCUGAUGCCCCGGGGGCACAUCCCCUACCCGCUGCCCGCCGACUACCGCUACGGUCUCUGCUCCGGGGACAGCCCCCAAGAGGAAGACAAGAAGGCAGCUGAGUCCAAAAAGCUGGAGCUGCAGUCAAAGGAGUUCAUUUCCCCGAAGAAAGAGACCCCUGGAGAGCAGCAGGCACCCGGCUCCUUCUGGAGCUAUGUCUUCUCUCAGCGCUUUACCUGGCACGUGGUGUGGCUGUCCGUGAUACAGCUGUGGCAUUACCUCUUCAUCGGCACCCUCAACUCCCUGCUGAACAACUUGGCCAGCAAGGAUAGUGCGCUAGUCAGCACCUACACAAACGCCUUUGCCGUGACUCAGUUCUUUGGAGUGCUGUGUGCGCCCUGGAACGGCCUGCUCAUGGACCGGCUCAAACACAAGUACCAGGAGGAGGCAAAGAAAACAGGGGCCCCGGCCAAGGCCGCCGCCCUGCGCGCGGCGGUGCCCUCGCUGGCCCUGACGUCCCUGCUGUGCCUGGGCUUCGCCGUCUGCGCGUCCAUGCCCGUGCUCCCGCUGCAAUACGCCACCUUCGUCCUGCAGGUGGUCAGCCGCUCCUUUCUCUACGGCUGCAAUGCGGCCUUCCUCACGCUGGCGUUCCCCUCGGAGCACUUCGGGAAGCUGUUUGGACUUGUGAUGGCCUUGUCGGCUGUUGUGUCUUUGCUGCAGUUCCCCCUGUUCACCCUCAUCAAAGGCCCUCUCCAGGGUGACCCAUUAUACGUGAACUUGAUCCUGGUGCUGCUGACUCUGCUGACGUUCGUGCAUCCCUUCCUGGUGGACCGGCAGUGCCAGCGGAAGGGAAAAUCCCCUGAGGUCGCCUAGGUCAGAAGGCCCCCCUUUGCAGCCCCGAGGAUGCAUCAUCUUCCUCCCCCUCGGAGGGCCCCCCGAAAGACUUGGCCCACCCAGGCUGCUUGUAUUAAGUAGCCGUUAUUCUUUCCUUAAGCCAUACUCACUCUGCCUGCCAAGACUUCUCAUCCGCAACACAGGAGCAAAGGCACAGAAAGGCUCUCAGUGUCAGAGGCGGGAACAACUGGCCCUGGCGGACGCCUGGCCUGAGGCGGGUGAUGGGGUGGUGAGCUGUGUCUCCUGCUUCUGCGGGUCUCUCUGCCCCUGAAGCCCGAGCCGGCCUGGGCCCUGCACGCCGGAUACGCUUCCCGGAGAAGGCUGAGGCUGUCCCGCCACCCAGCGUUCAGCAGUGGCACCCAGCUUGCCCCCAGCGGCCCAGAGGAUGAGCCCGGGGGGAGAGAGGCAGGUGGGUUGGGGCGGCGGUCCCUGGGCGGGGGUCCCACGUCUGCCGCUGAUGCCCAGCAGCCUUGAGCAGGCCAGCGCCGGUUUUCCCCUCUGUGAAAGGAGAGGGGGUUUGGCAUCGGCCUUCCUUCUGACAUUCGUGUUACAUUGGAUUGGCCAAAAAGUUCAUUUGAGCUUUUCAUAAGAUGUUACGGGGGGCGGGAGGUGGGGUGGGGGGGGAGAUAACCCGAACGAACUUUUGGGCCAACCCAGUAGAAGGUUUUCAGAAUAGUGUCAGCACAGCCACCCUCAGAGCCUGCUGGACCCAGGGAUCUCUGAGGAAGCCUUUCGGGGAGGUUUUCCUCUUCAAGAAGGGAGAUGAUUAUUUACUUCGCAUAGGAUAUAAAAAUGUCCUCUGGGGAAUGCUUUUUAUAACGUAUUGAGUUAUGUCCUAAAUCAUUUCAUUAAAAGAAAUAAAGCCUUUCUGUCUAAGACAA